CUACUGUGAGUUGUAAUUUUAAGAACCGUGUAUUUAAAAGGUAAAGGUGUGCAUGCAGUCUAUUGUGUCUUUGCCAAGAUGGCAGCAUCUUCCAACGGCUGGGGAAGCCUUUAACAUUAUGUAAUAAAGGGUUUGUAAUGGAUAGUGGUACAGUAAACGAUUGGAACAUAUAAAUAAGUUCUCCUUUUUUAUCUAUUAAAAUGGCUACUGGACUAAAAAAUGUUGGCACUGCUUUUGGAGGACCAACACCCUCCAAUACCUUCCAAAGCACUCCUGUUGAUGAUGAUGAUGAUGUUGUUUUCAUUGAACCCGUACAAAUUGCACAGAAUACUGCAGCAACUGAACAGAGAAAUGUUGGAUUUUCAUCAUCAAAAAAUGAAUUUCAUAGGAAUGACUCAAAAUCACAUUCUUCCAACAAGGAUUUGGAUUCUUUUAAGGGGGCAAUAAGUGAGACAAUCAUCAUUGAUGAUGAGGAAGAUGUAGUUCUCAGUCAUGUGCCUGAUAAGCAUACUUCUAGUUUUAGUGAGCGGAGACCUAUGGAUUCCAGCAGACCUGUCAGUUUGGAUUUCCCUUCUUCCUCCAGCUUCUCAAGAAACAAUGUUAAUACUGCAAUGACAAGUGCUGGUAUUACUACAGAGCCAGAUUCUGAGAUUCAGAUUGCUAAUGUAACUACUUUAGAUUCUGGCAUAAAUUCUGUGAAUGAUGGCCAGAUUCAGAAUGCUGAGGUGCGAGAUAUGAAUCUUAUGAUAACCCAUGUGACAUCUCUGCAGAACCCUGGCUUAGGAGACCUGCCAAAUGGAAUGCAGUCAAGUAAUUUUGGGGUUCAUGUGCAGACGUAUCCCUCUCAAGGUUCACAAAACAAAACUGGCAUGGGACCAUAUAAUCCAGGUAGAAUUAAUGUCGGUGGGGAUGUAUUUCAAAAUGGAGAGUCAGCAUCACAUCACAAUCCUGAUUCCUGGAUAUCUCAGUCUGCUUCAUUUCCUAGGAACCAAAAGCAGACUGGAGUGGAUUCUCUUUCACCUGUAGCCUCACUUCCAAAACAGGUUUUUCAGCCUCCACAGCAACAGCAGCAGCAGCAGCAACAGCAGCAGCAGUCCCAACAGCAGCAGCCCUCAAAAGCUGUUAAAGUCACUUGUGCAAACUGCAAGAAGCCACUUCAGAAGGGACAGACAGCAUAUCAGAGGAAAGGAUCAACUCAUCUGUUUUGUUCAACAGUUUGCUUGUCAACAUUUUCACAUAAACCAGCCCCAAAGAAGCUCUGCACUAUGUGUAAGAAGGAUAUUACAACGAUGAAAGGGACAAUUGUUGCCCAGGUUGAUUCAAGUGAGUCCUUUCAGGAGUUCUGUAGUACAUAUUGUUUGUCGGUCUACGAGGACAAACAGAAUGCUUCCAAGAAUCAGAACAAAUCAAGAUGCACUAUUUGUGGCAAAUUAACAGAGAUUCGCCAUGAGGUUAGCUUUAAAAACAUGACACACAAGCUUUGUAGUGAUCACUGCUUCAACCGAUACAGGAUGGCGAAUGGCUUGGUCAUGAAUUGUUGUGAGCACUGCGGUGAAUACUUACCGAGCAAAGGAGCUGGAAAUAAUAUACUUAUGGUCGAUGGCCAAUGGAAGAGGUUUUGUAGCCAAGCCUGCCUCAGUGAUUUUAAGAUGAUAUCAGGAACAGGAUUUUACAUUGGGAAAGGAAGUAGAGUGCUCUGGAACAAAUGAUCCAAGUUGUCCUAUUAAUGAGCAAAGAAUCCAAAUAUUGUAAAUUGGAGUAGAGGGUAACAUACUUUCACAGCUUGGUCUUGAUAUUUAUGACAUUCAGCUCAGGAUGGUAAUUAUGUUUGACCAUUUCUGUGUGUAAAUAAUUUGAUAACUGUUAUCUGCAGAGUUCAUCUGGCAAUUUUUAUUACUGUAUGUUUUUUUUUUCUUGUGUAGCACAAAAUUCUAACAAUUUUCUUCAACAAUAAUAAUGUUUGCAUACAUUUAUUCUGUAGGCAAAAAAGUAGAAUUGUAACUUGUAUACUAAUGUCAUUAAAGUAUCAACAUUUUAUUAAAAAAAA